CUACAACUGGUGAAGAGAAGUGUGAAGUAGAGUGAUUUUAUGUUUCGUGAAAAAGUGUGAAUUUGUUUAAUUAAAUGUAGUUAGAAAAAGUGAACAGAUUAAGACUUUUAAAGAUAAGUUGAAGAAAAGACGACAACAAGUGAACAAGAUCAUCGAAAAAAAGAUGAAGAAAAUAAAGAAAUCUCAAAACAGUGAAACUUUUCAAACUAAUAAAUAGUAAUAAAAUGGCCAAAUUGUGGACAGGCAUUAUGAAAGAUCUAAUCUUACUCUACCUUCUUCAUUCUAAUUUGGCCUUAGGUGACCUAAGGUCCCCAAUCAUCACAGAGCAUCCCACCUCAAGCCUAGUUCCGAAAAAUGAGCCAGUAACCAUGAACUGUAAGGCUGAUGGUACUCCUGAGCCGACAAUACAGUGGUAUAAAGAUGGAAAGGAGGUACAAACUGCUCCUACCCACCCUCAUUCUCACAGGGUAAUUCUUCCAACCGGUUCUUUGUUUUUCCUUCGAGUUAUGCAGACUAGAAGAGAUCAGGAUGGUGGAGUAUAUUGGUGUGAGGCAGUGAAUGAUGUUGGACGAGCAAGGAGUAGGAAUGCAACUCUUGAUGUUGCAGUGAUGGGUGAGAACUUCCAAAUGAUGCCGAUGAGCCUACGAAUUGCCCAAGGAGAUACAGCUGUUCUGAAAUGUUCUCCCCCCAAAGCGAACCCUAAGCCGAGUAUCACGUGGGUGAAAAAUGGUGCAACCCUCAGCCAAAUGGAUUCAAAACGAUUUCACAUUUCAGAUUCAGGGAAUUUGAUAGUAAAAGAUGUAGAAAAAACUGAUGCUGGAGAAUACAUAUGUCAGGCGGAGAAUAUAGCUGGGUCUAGAAAAUCUGAUGUAGCUGUUCUCUCAGUUCACGUGAAACCGUAUUUUACGGCAGAUCCACAGGAUCUGAACGUCAAGGAAGGAGAGGAUGUUAAUCUUAGAUGCCAGGUUGAGGGUGAUCCAACCCCCCGAGUAUCCUGGAGACGAGAGGAAGGAGACCAAUUAGAGACUAGAGCUGUUACUGACAGAGAGGACAACCUGCAUAUAUAUUCUGUACUGGCCUCUGAUGAAGGAGUAUACUAUUGUACUGCAGAAAAUACAGUAGGGUCUGUUACUGGCUCAGUCUCUCUUAUUGUACAUGCUGAACCUCUUUUCCUGGUUCGACCAGAACCUGUGAAAGUUGGUUUGAACGGACUAGCAGUAUUCUACUGUCAAGCAGCUGGUAGUCCUCAUCCUACUAUAUUCUGGACUAAAGAGGGAGAUCAAAAUCUGAUGUUCCCCGGGACCAGUCAUGGAAUCUUCAAUGUCGAUCAGGAUGGAAGCCUGAGUAUAAACGGAGUAAGGGAGGAAGAUCAAGGAUACUAUGUGUGCUCUGCUCUUAGUGCUGCAGGUACCCCUGAGCCGACUGUAACCUGGUUUAAAGACUCCGCCCCUCUCACUGUUUCAAGAAUUGACUCCGCCUUAAGCUACGCAUCGGCCGCUGCAGAUAUUCCGCCUCAAACCUCACAUAUCAGCGUAGAUACUCAAGGAACUCUUCUCAUCAAAGAGCUGGGUUUAGAGGAUACAGGACUGUACACCUGUACAGCUAGGUCAGCUAGCGGGGAGACGAGCUGGUCAGCGUAUAUAUCAGUUGAGGAUCCUAAAAAUCCAAACAUCAUUUUUCACAGAUCUCCGGACCCUGUAACUUUUCCACGUCCCCCUGGUCGCCCUGAGGUGGGGGACAGGGGCCCCACCUACAUCACCCUAGCCUGGCAGAGAAAUCUGAACUCAGGGGCAUCACAGCUUAUAGGGUAUACAGUAGAGUACUACAGUGUACAGCUACAGACAGGCUGGGUGGUAGCUGCGUACAGAGUUUCUGGGGAACAGUAUACUGUGGAGAACUUAAGACCGGAUACUGAAUACGUAUUUACUGUUAGAGCAGAGAACUCUCAUGGUUCAUCUCCACCCUCUCCUAUAUCCAGAACUGUGAAGACGUUUAAACUAGGAUUUGACAACAGGGAAGAAAAUUUAGAGUUGGCUCGAGAAGUUCUUUUGAGUAAGCUGGUUGAACUAGUUGACCUCGAGGCAAUCAGCUCAACCAGUGUCAGGAUAACUUGGAAUUUACUCUCAGAUACAGAAUACAUUCAAGGAUUCUAUAUCAGAUUCUGUGAUAUGUCCGGUGGAUCGAGGAAGUUUAACAUUAUCACGAUCCUGAAGGACUCCGUGACCAACAACUAUGUUGUGAUCAACCUGAGGAAGUUCACCAAGUACGAGUUCUUCUUGAUCCCUUUCUUCAGGAAUAUUGAGGGUCAACCUUCUAACUCAAAGGAUAUUCAGACUCUUGAGGAUACGCCGUCUGCUCCGCCUGGGAACCUGAUGGCGGAGACAAUAAAUUCCAGUUCUGCUGUCAUAUCAUGGAAUCCGCCUCCGCCCCAACAUAGAAAUGGAGUUCUGCUUUUCUAUACACUCAAGAUUGAGACGAAUAGAUCUGUUCAUGCUGAACUACGUGUUCCUGUUACCUCCACAUCACUACUCAUAACUAACCUUACACUGGAUACAGUUUAUCUCAUCAGAGCAGUAGCCUAUACAAACAUGGGAGCUAGUCCAUCCUCUCCUCCUGUCUUCUUUACCCUUGAUCUAUCAGCUUCUCUAAACUCUAUCUUGAACGGAUAUGGGACCCAGCUUGAAGAUCUAGGUGCUCAGACCUGGUUCAUUGCUCUGAUCAGUGGAAUCCUGUUUGUCCUGGUUGUCCUGUUCAUCAUGCUCAUCGUCUAUAGGCAGAUGCAGACCAACAGGAAGGGACAGGACCAUCAAUGUAUCAAGGGGUUUGAGGGUGAACCUGUAAAAUCCUAUAGAGCUGAAAACCUGUGGAUUACACAAGCAGAGCAGAAUACUUUCGAAAAACAGAGUUUUAUCAGGGAGAGUAUGGAUUGCAAGGAGGAUCCUGGUGGAUCUAUCUAUGCCGAGGUGGGGGAGGGGUUGCUACUAGGGGAGGGGGCAGGAUACCUUUCUACUUUUGCUGGAACAUCACACUCUCAUAAUCAAUAUCAGGAUCCUGAACCCUACGCUACUACAUGUAUACCAAUGCAGAAUAGAUAUGAAAAACAGGAUCCGUACCUGCAUCCUGAAUACCCAGAAGGAAACCAGUUUGCAUACAAAACCAGUUCUUCCAGUGGGGGCAGCUCGAUUAAUAGUAAACCCAGCAGUGGCAGUGGAGUUUAUAUACCAAAUUGGAGUGAAAUGUUCCCACCACCUCCUGACUAUCCCCCAAGUGAUUCAGAAGCAUCCCUAAGGACCCCCAGGGGCAAUAAAUCAGCCUGGAAUAAAAAUGUUCUCAUGUCAAAUAAUACAGAUCACCAACUAACUUCCCAUCCUGGGAAUCAGUCUCCCCUUAUCUCAAAGCAUGCUGGGAAUCAGUCAAAAAACUCGACGUGGGGUCAAAUAAAUAUGGUUGAUAAUCCCAUGGAAUCCUAUCUCACCACAUCGCCAUUCCAGGAAACACUAGGCUACGACGCAAACUCCUCUGCCUACAUGUCCGACAUUUAUGAAAACCCCUCGGAACACUACGCGGCACUUGGACACACACGCGCUCUGGAUUUCCACCAGCCAGGGGCCCUGGAAUACUCCACCUCAGGGGCCCUGGAAUUUCCUCCAACAGCUACCAAAGAUUCUCCUCGGAUUAAAUGGACUAACAACAAAGGAGGAAAUCUAUCUUUAGAGACGCAACAGGGUGGUAAAAAGCAUCCUGUCAAAUACUUAAGUCAAGGAAAUGUACGAGCGUGAAA